CAAAGCUCGUCCCCCAAAGAAGCCCACAAACAGGAAAUGCUGUUCCAACGAGCCUGGCGGUCCUUGGCCACGGUGCGUUGAUCAACUUGCAUACGUCCAUAACGUUGCUGACUCUUACCCAGCAACAUCCUUCUCCAGGCAGCCACCUGUACAGACAUGAAAGACAAGCUCAUGACUCUGAUUGUCGGUGCCGAGGAAACCCACUUUACCUGGUUCCACGAGAUUCUCUCCUUUCACUCACCUUUCUUCGCUGGUGCCAUCAAAUACAGCUGCUACGAUGAGUCAAAGAACAACACUGUCCGUAUGCCUGAGGACUCGCCUGAUGUUGUUCGAGAGUUCAUGCGCUGGGUCACUGACCACAGAGUUGGUGGCUACGGCCUCGGCUCUGACAAUCCUUCUAUCGAUCCCUGGACGUACUGGGAUCUGAUGGUCGACAUCUACAUCUUUGGCAACAAGUAUGGCAUCCCACGCCUGCAGAACGUCGCCAUCAACGAAAUGAUAUCACUUUUCACUGACCAAUUCGCCUUCCCUCGCGCUGCAACAAUCGACAAGGUGUACGAACUGACUCCUUCCGGAGUUUCUCUUCGUAAACUCAUCACCGAUAUCGUUGUGCUUUCUCACGACAAUGUCGAGGCACUCAUCGACGGACAGUCACGCUUUGGAGAAGGAUUCCAUCCCGACUUCAUCACGGACCUCGUCAAGCGCCUAUACAGAGCUGCCAUUGAUGACAAGGCAUUCAAGGAGCAGCGCUUGGAGCGCAGCCAGUGGGGUCAGGUCAGACGCUGCAUUUACCACGUCUCCGAAGUCGCCGCUCGCUCAAAUGGUCAGAUGGUAAUUGAGCGCACUCGAGUUGGCAACUUGCCUUAAGCUCUUGUUCUCGUGUCCAGACCACAGCAUAUUUUGUUACUAGUACCGCACAAGAGGAGGACGAUUUAGUUUUGACUUCUGCAGCUGCUAAGCUUAUUGCUGAGGGAGAUCUGGCUGUCACGGGGGAGCGUACUAA